AUGCCGUGGACACAUUUGGAAGAGAAGCUAAAUGAAAUGCCAAAAUUGACCUCGUCCUCAAAUUGUUGCAUCUACAGAGCAUCGAAGCGUCUGCGCCAACAAAAUGAAAAAGCUUAUACACCUCAAAUAGUCUCCAUUAGUCCUCUUCACCAUGGGGAACCACACUUGGAAUUCCUGGAAGAAGAAAAACGAAGAUACCUGCAAGAGUUUCUUCAGCGAACCCGUUUAAGUGUCGAAGAGCUUUAUAAUUUGAUAAGGACAAAGGAAGACACAUUACGUAGUUGUUAUGCUGAAAAAAUCAAAUUUGAUAGCAAUGCAUUUGUGGAAAUUAUUCUGGUGGACGUCGUCUUCAUUGUUGAACUCUUCUUGAGAUAUAGUUUAAGUUAUCUGCGAAUGAGAGAAGACCGUAUAUUUGGACAGCCAUAUUUGAUUCAAGAUAUAUGGUACGACAUGCGGUUGCAUGAGAAUCAAAUUCCAUUUUUCAUUCUUGAGGAAAUUUUUAACCUAGAAAAAGUGCAAGCCGCUGUCCCAGACGGACCUCGGUUCAUCGAGCUUACAAAAUCCAAAACGAUGAAAAGAAAAGUUGUGACUGCAUCUGCACCGAGUGUGACGCAACUACUUAAUGCUGGAGCUAAGUUCAAAUUGAGCGACAGCAACGACUCAUUCCACAUAAAUUUCGAGAAGGGGACUUUGGAAAUUCCACCAUUGAAACUACAGCUUGAAACUGAAUCGUUGUUUCGAAAUUUGAUUGCUUUCGAGCAACGUCAUUACUCCGAAACUUACAUAAACGACUAUGCUUAUAUCGUUCAUCGUCUUGCCGACACUCCCAAAGAUAUUGAGUUACUUGUUGAGAAGCAUAUUGUUGAAAACUGGCUGCCGGAUAAAGAAGAAGCAUCAACUGUUUUGCAUAACCUCUCAAGUGGAACAACUUUAAAUCCCGAUAGUUUUUAUUUUUCAAUUCUUUGUGAAGAUAUGGAAAAUUACCGGGGAAAAAGCUACAACACCUGGAGGGCAAUAUUGACACAGAAUUAUUUUUGCACUCCAUGGACUACACUUUCCGUGGUUGCUGCUGUUUUCGUGAUUCUACUUACAGUCAUUCAAGCAGUGUUUUCUGUUCUCCAAGUGACGAAUCAACAAAAUACCUGCUCUUAGAUUCAU